GCAGAACCAACAGCUUACGUUCCAGCUCCCGGAGAAGUCAUUUGUGGUUACGACGAAGAACCAGAGGAAGAUGAAAGCUGCGAAGUUAUUGUCGAUGUGGUCAAUGAGAAAACAACGGCGGAACAAACUACCCGAGAGAUUUUCGAUCCAAGUCCCAUUGAGAGGAGACUUCGAGAAAAGCAAAGCUACAACGAGGGAGGAUGGACGAGUGAAGAAUUGAAAUCGCUUUACGAAGGAAUUACCACGUACGGUACGAGGCAAGACGCUCUGGAAGUGAUCCAUAUAAAUUACUGCCCUUCAAAAACCCUCGAACAAGUUUUUGCAAAGGUUGAAGAGAUUCGGAGAAUGAAUGCUGAACACAGGGAGGAUCGUCGUACUGGUCAAAUUGAGCAGUGGAGUAGCGCAGGAUAUCGUAAUGUACGUGCUGUUCCAGAAUACGUGAUGUUACCGUUCAUUCUUAUAUCAUUACCAUUCACUUACCUAACAAAAGUAGGAAUUGCCGAACAAGACCAAUGCUACUCUUGA